AUGUCUUUCACUCUCAUCGAAGCCUGCAAGAAGCGAAAACGGUGGCCAAAAUUUUUCAGGUUUCACUCCUUCGGUGACCCUGGUAUUCCAAUUGUACCUUUGGGUACUUUCCGCGAUAAUGUUCGGGUUUUCCUUCAAGAAGCUGGAGAACCUGAAGAUUAUAGUGUCUCCGGGAACCCCCUAUGGUGUACCCUUCUCAUCCAUGAUAAGUCCAACGUAAUGGCUCCUCUUUACACCGUCGAAGAGCACGUCUACCACUCUUCGCACCCCUUCUGUGAUCACUGCCGCUGCGUAGGUUGGAGUGGCCAUUUUGUAUCAAAGAGAAGGUAUCAUUUUAUAAUCCCGAUGGACAGUGGGUGGCAUAAGCCCUUAGAUGAAGAUUCUAUAGAUAAUCAGAGGCAUCUGUUGCAUGGGGUGAUUCAUUGCAAUGGAUAUGGCCAUUUGCUCUCUGUAAAUGGCAUUGAAGGAGGCUCCAAGGUUCUUAGUGGCAGAGAGAUUAUGGAUCUAUGGGAUAGGGUAUGCACCAACCUCCGAGUAAGGAAAGUUGCAGUUGAAGAUGUUUCGUGUAAGAGGUCUAUGGACCUUCGCUUACUUCAUGGAGUCGCCUAUGGACACUCCUGGUUUGGCAGAUGGGGUUAUAGAUUUUGCCGUGGAAGCUUUGGAGUGACAGAACCAAACUACAACGAAGCAAUGACAACGCUGGGCUCCUUGGAGCUAGACAUGAUUGCAAAAGAUUUGAGUAAGACAAAGUACAACAAAGAAAUCAAACAAAUGAUUCGGUGCUAUAGAGAUAUGAGUGAGACUCACAUUAUCUCACUCAGGGAUCUCCUAAGGUUUAUGCUUACUGUAAAGUCUUCCCGUUCUCCAGCGCCUAAGAUAACAGUCUCCUAUUCUGCCGCCGCUGAUUCUACCUGUUCAGCAUUAAUGUCAAGAAAUUCAACCAAACACACUCUUCCAACCAGAUCAAAUUCCAUGAAGGAGAAAUCUGUUAGGUAUAAGAAGUUCAGCAAUGCAGUGACUAACAUGGAUAGUAGGUGGCCGACAAGGAGGCUAGAGUUUGCAGCUCAAGUGAUUGUGGACGCACUGAAAGAAAACAAGGCUGUUAAACCAGGCACAGGUGGGAUGGCAAGGCAAGAUGUGAGAGAUGCAGCUAGGCUUCACAUUGGUGACACAGGUUUACUUGAUUAUGUACUUAAAUCACUGAACAAUGUCAUUGUUGGAAACUACGUUGUUCGUCGCAUGGUGAAUCCAUCAACUAGAAUUCUAGAGUACACUAUUCACGAUCUUGGCAAGGGGUACAAAGCCCCUGAACUGGAGACUGAGGGAAUGGCUUAUGUAGAUCAACAAGUAGUAGAGUCAUCUUGGGUGCCCGGUAACGAUGUUUACUGCGAUGUACUGUUUUUGUACAAGAAUGUGCUAUUGGGCUACCCUGAUUCAGAAGUAGUGGACUUGGCCAUUCAGACAAUUCUAGACAGCAGAUACUUUGUAAAGGAGUGGGGAGAGAGGGAUGAAAUAGAGGAGCAGUCAUUGACAUUCAUUUGCCGGCUGCAACCAAAUUUUGUGGACAAAAAGUAUGAGUUGAAAGGUCUACCAUGUGGUGAGGUUGUGGUGGUUCCGCUGCAUGCAACGGUUGGAGACUUGAAGAGGGCUUCUGAGGCUGCUCUGAGGGACACUUACUGCAUUGCAGAAAGGCUUAUAGUGACAGACAUUAAACAGCUUAUGGGAGUGAGUGAUGAGGAAGUGCUGUUUGGACUAAUCCAGUCCGGUGUAGAACUUUGUGUGAGGGGAAUUGCCAUUGAUUUGUGCACGAAUUUGAAGUAUCAGGGUGGAUCUGAUAACUGGAAGGUGAGAUGCGAGUGCGGAGCUCAAGAUGAUGAUGGGGAGAGAAUGGUGGCUUGUGACAUUUGUGAAGUGUGGCAGCAUACUCGCUGCUGUGGCAUUGAUGAUUCUGAGACAGUGCCACCACUUUUUGUCUGCACUGGUUGCUGUGAUUCACUCGUACCCUCCAGGACCGAAUCAUCCUUUUGUGCAGAUUCUCCUGAUUCUUUUCUCAUUUCAGCAGAUCCUUCUCUUCUGCUAGAAUAUGAGUAUGCGUGA